AUGAAAGAGGCAGGCAACAAAUCACCACAAAGUAUGCAGAAACAGAUGAUUUAUCGAUAUAAUCCUGCCAAUUCAUUUGUUUCGGAUAGUUAUAAAAAGGGCUGCGCUCGGAAGCAGACAAUGAAAGAGAUGCCAAGAUACGAAAAUGAUAAGAAGCUGAGAGCUGAUAAAUCAUCGUUGGGAGGGAAUUGCAUAGUGUGCACAUGUGGAAAAAAAGAUCUUAGAACUUCAGCAAACGAUCAGAAGGACUGCGCAAAUUCCGUAGAAACGGAAGCGUUUCUUGAUGCAAGAGAAGAUGGCUAUUGCGGGGGAUGCGAAGGCAAAAAUGCAAUAACAAUCGGAAAUUGCCGUUCAUCUAUCAAUAUUUUGUUCCCCAAUCCGGGAUUAGAGAAUUUACCCGCUCACAAAGAGAACAUUUUGUUCAAUAAAAUAUAUGCACAACACAUUAGCCAUGACUACGCAAAUGUGAUGAAUCAAAUUAAUGAGGAAAAUACGGGUCAAACAAGUGCCGUAUCUGAGGCAGAAAUUGCAGAGAUAGUGGCUGCAUCCAGACAGAGCCGAGAACUCGCUGGUGUGAUGUACGAGGAGCAACCGAGUUAUCCGGAGAGGAGAAGGAAGGGCAUUGCCGAGGAACUCAAACCUGAGUAUGUCCCUUUGGAUCAAACAAGUCGAACCUAUGAGAGUUCCUCAUAUGAAUACGAGGGUUACUACACCGAUCUGGGUCACGUUUCAGAAAAUGAGUCUUUUGAAGAAAUGUUUAGAAGCAGCUACAGUUCUGAUGAGACACCAGACCCAAAGAUAUGGUGUAGCAGGCGAAUCAGUUCAAGACAGAAGUUGAAGAUUGACAAAUUGAACAUGUUGUCCACAAAGAAACAUGGAGAAGACGCUAUUGUAGACUAUGAAAACGGUUACAAUAUGAACAAUAUUUCGACCAACCGACAUGCUGAUGUCAAAGGGAAAAAUUUAGCAGGUGACAAAGAAAGUUACCAGUAUUUGGAUAAGUUUGGCACGAAGAACAAUGAAAAGAUUCCAAAAAAAUGUUUGCUAAAUAUCCGAACAAAUAAUGCAGAUACGCGUGGUAGAACUGAGGGAGUUUCUGAAAUGCAGAAGACGGAUGGAGCGAGUUCAGGUGCACUACAAGGCGAAAACCUCGAAGAAAAUCUCCAUAUAUCACGGUCUCACGUAAAUGGUAUGCAAAAGCAAGGUCAAAAUCUUGAGCAAAAUCCGUGCGAAAUUCUAGAUGGCGAAAAAAACCUCAUAACACAGGAUAAAAAGACUGUAGAACCAUUGGAGAAGACAGAGGAACCUCCACAUGGUCAGAAACAUGAAUAUUCGUUUAUGUUGGCCGAUGAUGUCGUACAAAAUAAGAAUAUUCUGUUAGAAAGGAUCAAAAAAAAGAUUGCUUCAAAAUUGUCGGAACCAGAAAGUGCCAAUAACAACGAAAGUUUCAUCAUCAGAAAGGAAGCAACCGCUUCAAUUGAAAAAGGGAAGAAUCAAGACAAGAUAUUUAGACUUUUACGUGAGCAACUUGCCGGAAGAAGCAAAAAGAUGAAAGGGAAUAAGGUGAAGAGUGCUGAUAGUUUUGUCAGAAAGUACGAUGUAUCAAAUCAAAAUUUUGUUAUUGAUAGAACGGCAGGUAAUACUAGGGAAUUAGAGAAAAAGUUUGUCAAGUGUAUGAAAGAACACCUAAAAUUGAAUAAAGGUUCGGCUGUUGGAGACAACGUAAGUAUUUCGGGUGAUGCAAAGAAAAGCAAAGGCUUGAAAGACUCAUUUAUCCGAUUGCUAGACUCAUACACUGUGGAUCAGGUAGACAAAACGAUUACAGACGAUAACGGACAGAGUAUAAAAAUUGUUAGGGAUGGAAAUAGAGUGAACAGUGCAGUGCCGAAAAGCACUGAGUCAGGCGAAAAAAUUCAUGCUGAUGAGAGAAAUCUUUUGCUGCUCGAUGACAGUUUUUACGUGACUUCGCUGGAGAACAAUGUUCUGGAGAAUAGGAAAAUGGAACUCAGCGUAAAGAUGCACAACUUCAAAAUAAUUAUCAAGAAAACACAGCAGCGGACAGAUGAGGAGAUAGAAGUGGUUAAGGAAGGACCACUCGGGCCGUCGAGUGCUUUAUUUAACGAUGAGAAGAUGAUCGAAACAGGUAACUUCAGCCCGAGCAGCAUAUCGGAUGGUAUAAAGGAUGUUGAAACAAAGAUUUUUAAUCUAGACGAACAAAUCCAAAAGGAGUUUUCGCAUGAUGGAACAGGCGAGUCUAAACUAGAUAUUAAGGAAGAGGAUCGUAUUAUCGAAGAAUACAGCGCUGCAAGUGAUCGGGUUGUUCAAGAAUCUGGAGAACAAAGCAACACAAACAUUACGGAAUACCACGGGGUUACGGCAAUGGUGAAUACAAUAGAUGAGACGAAAAUGGAUAUGCUCGAUCGGAAGGUGGUCGAAGAAGAUCAAAUCGUGCUUGAAAAAGAGGGUGCUGUAGCAGGUGUCGCUGUUUCCGGAGAUGAAAGCAAUGCUGAAAAUAUCAAGAUAGUUGAAAUAACGGAUGAAGCGAAGGUGGAAGAAAAUGUUGAAAAUGUUUUCAUGGGAGAUGUAAUUGAGAUUAAGAUCGAUGAAGACCCCGAGAGAGAACUUGAAAAGGAGUUAAAACAGCGGAUUAGAACACAGUAUGUGGAGGGAACGGAGAUAAAAUCGAUAGAAGUACCGGUUACCGAGAAAAAGGUUUUUUCAUUAUACGAGCCAUAUCAUGACUACAACUUUGAGCGCCUGUUUUACCAAUUUCAUAUUGAAGAGUGCGAAAGUUUAAAAGAAUUUGGACAUGCAAACAUCAUUGGCAAGAUGCACUACCGAUCCGAGACGAAUUUUUUUAAUUUCAAUUGGGUGAAGCUAAGUGAAAGAAAAUUGUUCUGCUACAAACCGGAGUUUUCAUAUAUAAGGAGAGGAGAAAGUGAUUUGCUCUCACCAAGCCUGAACGAGAAGUUCCAUGCAUUGGACUUUGCAGUCGAACUUGAAGGUGCGAAGCUCUUUUUGUACAGCGCACCGACAUUUACAUUACAGAACGCCAUAAAACUGUUCAAAUGCAACAAGAUUUCCGAGUUCAUGGACAUCACCAAUUUUCACGUCGUGAAUGUUACACCUAAAGGAUCAAAAUAUCUGGUGGAUAUUUCGAACGAUCAUAUUCGAAAACAAUUUAUGAUAAAGGAUUUGAGUUUUACAAUCGAAAGCAGCGAUGUAAAGUACUUUUUCAGAGUUGAAACGUUGAAGGCUUUCAUAAACUGGUUGGCAUGCCUAUACAUGAGGAUCCAUAACUUGAAAGGUUUCGUUUAAUGUGACAGAUCUCAUAAAUAAAGCAUAAUUACUAG